AAAAUCAGAAGGGUAGCGUUUUCAAAACGAGGUUGAUGACAUUUGCGGUUUUUGGCGGCAAAGUUUGAUCCGCUGUUUAGGCCGGUUAAAGGUAGUUCUUGUCAAAAUGGAUAAUGUACCAGAGCUCAACAACGCAUUACCAAUGCCGGAAAAAUACAUACUUCACCCAGAAGUUUGUCUGCUGCCCUCAAGUUCAGCAAUGUUCAGCAAAAUAAGUGCACAUGCUUAUCAAUUUCUCAUGAGAAAGGAAACAAUAAUAUCUGAUACAGUUUUCACAGAAUUUGAUGAUGAAUUUCUUACACAAAAUGCAAAAUGCAUAUCAAUAACAGACCUUGACUUAUUUCAAAAUGGAUGCGGUAUCAAUCAGGUUAUCACUAUAAAUAAAUGUGAAUUGAAAAUACAUGUUUACAAACUAUAUGAUGAAGGGCCAGCUAUGGAAGAAGUCGAGGAUGAGGACAUUUCUGCAGCAAACCACUGGGUUUUACCUGCAGAUGAAUUACAUGGUCUCUGGGACAGUCUUGUUUAUGAUGCAGACAUUAAAUUUCAGCUACUAAACUAUGCUUAUACUACUUUACUGUUUUCAGACAGGGGAAUAGAUAGUAAUAUAAUCUCUUGGAAUAGAGUGAUUCUUCUUCAUGGGCCUCCUGGUACUGGGAAAACGUCGCUCUGCAAAGCCCUGGCUCAAAAACUCACUAUACGCUUAUCUGAUAGGUUCACUCACGGGCAGCUGGUGGAAAUAAAUAGUCAUAGCUUAUUCUCCAAAUGGUUUUCGGAAAGUGGAAAACUGGUGUUGAAAAUGUUUGCAAGGAUACAAGAAUUAAUAGAUGAUAGUAAUGCUUUAGUGUUAGUUCUGAUUGACGAGGUAGAGAGUUUAACUGCUGCACGUGCUUCGGCAAUGAAAGGUUCUGAGCCAUCAGAUGCCAUAAGGGUGGUGAAUGCACUUCUUACACAACUUGAUCAGAUCAAGCGAUGCCCCAAUGUUAUUAUUCUGACAACUUCGAAUAUUACAGGAGCCAUCGAUCUUGCUUUUGUUGAUAGGGCAGACAUUAAACAGUAUAUUGGACCACCAUCAGUGAAUGCGAUUUACACGAUUUACCUUUCGUGCAUUCGUGAACUGAUCGAGCGAAAGAUUGUGUACCCUGCUGAACAACUUCUGACUAUCAGGUCUCUUGAACUCAUGAGGUUUGUCGACAACGCAGCAACACAUUCUAGUCUUCUUCUUAGAGAAAUAGCAAGGAAAAGCCAUGGACUUAGUGGUAGGGCAUUGAGGAAAUUACCUUUUCUCGCUCAUGCUUUGUAUAUACAGAGUUCAACAGUUUCAUUGUCACAGUUCCUUGAAGCUCUUUCAAAAGCAGUUGACAAACAACUGAAUGAUAGGAAAACGCUGAACGAAUGUGACGGUGCACAAACGGACAGCCUUCCUAACGGAAAUAUGUAACAAUUCAGUUAAUUGUUUUUUGUUACAAUUCAUUCAAAUGGCACUUUAAAUUAUCUCUCAUUUGAUUUUUAAUAUUGCAUGCAAUUGGGAUUUUAAGAGCAUUAUAUUUUGCAUAAUUGUUUAAUUGUUUAGCUUUCUUGAGUUGGAGAGUAAAAUUUCAAAUUGCUUGGCAAAGUACUUGAGUGAUGAAAAAAAGCAAAUGAACUUUUUGAUGAGGUUUGUUCCUCGUGAUAAAGGUUUUGGUUUAGUACUAAUAAUUUCCAGCAGAGCUGCAAAAAC